AUGUCGAUCCGUCGCCUGCGCGCUUCGAAUUUUCGCGGAGUCCGCGAGCGCCGCUCCGGCGCCUUCUCCUCCGAGAUCUGGUUUCGCGAGAAACGUCUCAUCCUCGGCACCUUCGACACCACAGAGGAGGCGGCCCGCGCGCACGACGCGGCGGCGUGGCGCCUCCUAAGGCCUCGUCGGGAUAUGAAUUUUCCCGACGUGUCGAGCCAGCGGGCGCAGGAUCUGGCGCCUCUCCCGCGGCUUUUCACCGACGAGGAUCGUCGUGUCCAUCGGAGGCGGCAGCGUCGCCUCGCCAUCGCCGAGAUGGACGUGGAAACCUUGGUGCUGUGGCGCGAACGCUUCCCCCAGGACAUCAUCGACGAGCGCCAGUUCUACAAGCAAAGGAGGUUGGAGAGGGACGCGAGGAGGACGGAGCGAGCCGCCUAUCGGGAGGACAAGCGUUCGCGGAAGUAG